GAACAGGUGCUUCUGUGGACUUGGCCAUUUGAACAGCACAGUCAAAGAUGGAUAAUCCCUCCGUCUGUCACCCCAAUGCAACUGUCUGCGAUGGCGAAUCCUGCUUAGCACCGGAGAGCAACUUCAAUGCCAUUCUCAGUGUGGUCAUGAGCUCUGUGCUCACCAUCCUCCUGGCCUUGGUGAUGUUUUCCAUGGGUUGCAAUGUGGAGAUCCACAAGUUCCUGGGACAUAUAAGACGGCCAUGGGGCAUCUUCGUGGGCUUCCUCUGUCAGUUUGGAAUCAUGCCUCUCACAGGCUUCAUCCUCUCCGCGGCCUUUGGCAUCCUCCCGGUACAAGCUGUGGUGGUACUAAUCAUGGGUUGUUGUCCUGGAGGGACUGCCUCCAAUAUCUUGGCCUAUUGGGUAGAUGGUGACAUGGACCUCAGUGUUAGCAUGACCACUUGCUCCACACUGCUGGCUCUUGGAAUGAUGCCCCUUUGCCUCUUCCUCUAUACCAAGACAUGGGUCGACUCAGGGACAAUUGUGAUUCCUUAUGAUAGCAUCGGCACUUCUCUCGUUGCUCUUGUUAUCCCUGUUUCCAUUGGAAUGUUUGUGAAUCACAAAUGGCCCCAAAAAGCAAAGAUCAUACUUAAAAUUGGAUCCAUUGCAGGUGCAAUUCUCAUUGUUCUCAUUGCUGUGAUUGGAGGAGUACUGUACCAAAGUGCCUGGAUCAUUGAACCCAAACUAUGGAUUAUAGGAACGAUAUAUCCUAUAGCUGGCUACAGCCUGGGGUUUAUACUGGCUAGAAUAGCUGGUCAACCCUGGUACAGGUGCCGAACAGUUGCCUUGGAAACCGGGAUGCAAAACACUCAGCUGUGUUCCACCAUUGUACAGCUCUCCUUCAGCCAAGAGGACCUCAACCUUGUGUUCACCUUCCCUCUCAUCUAUAGUGUUUUCCAGAUCGUCUUUGCUGCAAUAUUAUUAGGAAUUUAUGUCGCAUACAAGAAAUGUUAUGGAAAAAAUAAUCCUGAGUUACAAGAGAAAACAGACAAUGAAGUGGAGCCCAAGGCAUCAUUUCAGGAGACAAACAAAGGAUUUCAACCAGAUGAGAAAUAAACUCUAAGGGGACAAAAAAGAAAGCUCACUAACAACAUUCUUCAAACUACAGCUAUAAUUAUUUCCUUUGGUGGAAUCACCAGCAAAA